AAGAAUCUCAAUCUGUAUCUUAGAAGAAGAAGGAUAAAAACAAAAACAUUAGGAUUCCUGGAACAGACAAAUGUGAUUCUAGAAGGUCCGCAAGAAAUUAUGCGGGAAUUAUGCAAAAAGUGACGUUCUUUAUGUUUGUUUUCGACCUACGAUCUGUCUGCGGCGACUUUGGUUUUACACACACGGAUCCGGGUUGCGGCGACUCCAGCACUUCAGAAUACGCACCUGGAUGCGCCGGCUAAGGACUUAUCAGAGAUGGGCGACGAGGAACGUGCUAGUUACACUAGAAGAUCUGCGAAUGUCUCGCUCUCGCUUUGGAAUGUCUCCAUAAAAGACGACGCGACUCCGCGUCGUAAGCCUGCAUAUCUGUUGUAUCUCCGACUGCAUUGCUAUCAUGUGCAACAAGUGUGCUGAUUUGGGUCGUCCGGGGAUCGGAAGCGAGCCGCAGUACUUACACCGUUUCGAGGUCGUGUUCUUUUCUCGAAGAUGCAGGUGGCUUUGAAGAGGUACGGCAAUGAACCGGCGUUACAGCGAUUUGGCUUACACCUGCCUGUAUGCUAGUAUCCAGAAGAUCGCUGAUGGCGCCAACGUGGAAAUAGUGGCUGGUUAUUGGGAGUUUCCACUCUGUCCGGGCAGGGGCAUCGAGCUGGAGGACGACCUAGUAGAUCAUAUGCGGCGUCACGGAAGACAACUUGGGAGUGCCGGUGACCGACCCGCCGAAUCAACGGAGGGUACUGAGAAUAUAACCUUGAAUGUUCGCAUCAAGUGAUAAGGCAGCCUGAUGAUCUUGAUACAAGAAACGAAAAUGAUGCAUGAUGAUCUACUCCAGAAUCAAAGUUCUCUUAUUUAUUAUGGCUUUUUGAGUUUCAUCACCAACCCCAAGGUCGUCACUGGACCAGUGCUGGUUGCCACACGAGCUUCUUUGUGAAGGGCAUACGUACUGACUUUCGCUCGGAUGUGAUCGAGAUCGUCUGCGACGCCUGUGGUGAGGUGGCCAAGGAGCCAAUGACGGUGCACCAGAGUAAGGACAACGAGAAGCGCCUCUUCGGUCGCGGGUCUUCGCAUGGAGACUUAUUCCAAAAACCGAUUUCGAAUACAGCAUCUCCGUCAAUUGUGGUACCAGAAUCUGUAUCCCUUAACGAGAGGGGCUACUCAGUUGGACGACCGUUGUGUGGGCCCCGAUGA